UCACCCAAAAAUACUGAAGGGUGAAACAUUUGUCGAGCCAUCUCCUGUCCACCUCCGCUCUUGUGGGAACCAGCCACACGCACCAUCACCUCUCUCUCCUCCUCCUCCUCACUUUAGGGUUACCAUCGUUUCCCACGCCAGCAGUCCAUCUCUUCCCGCACCCACCCGAGACGAGGAGAUUCAAAGAUACACGAGACUAGGAGUGGUUCGAUUGGUAUCAUCUCUCAGUUUUAGCUGAUGGCCAAGACGAAGCCUGGCAGGAAGGACCUCGAUUCCUACACCAUCAAGGGCACCAACAAGGUGGUCAGAGUGGGUGACUGCGUGCUGAUGCGGCCGGCGGAGUCGGAAAAGCCGCCGUAUGUGGCGCGGGUGGAGAAGAUUGAGGCAGACCACCGCAAUAACGUGCGGGUGCGGGUGCGGUGGUACUACCGCCCCGAGGAGUCCAUUGGCGGCCGUCGGCUGUUUCACGGUGCCAAGGAGCUUUUCCUGUCCGACCACUACGACGUGCAGAGCGCACACACUAUCGAGGGCAAGUGCGUGGUGCACUCCUUCAAGAAUUACACAAAGCUGGAGAAUGUUGGCGCUGAGGACUACUUCUGCCGCUUCGAGUACAAGGCAGCCACAGGGGCUUUCACACCGGACCGUGUCGCGGUGUACUGUAAGUGCGAGAUGCCUUACAACCCCGACGAUCUCAUGGUCCAGUGCGAGGGAUGCAAGGACUGGUUCCAUCCAUCUUGCAUGGGCAUGACAAUUGAACAAGCAAAAAAAUUAGAUCACUUUCUAUGCUCAGAUUGUGACUCCGAAAAUGAUGCUAGUAGAUCUAUAAAUGGGUUCCCAGCUUCAUCAGUUUCUGAGCCCAAGGCUGAACCCAAGAGGAGGAAGAGGUAACCGCUAAUGCUGUAGAUUUGGCUUAUGAGGAUGUAUGCAUUUUAUGAAAAUAUAACUCGUCUUGUUGGUAUCAUGAAAAUUGUACAGUGCAGAGAAUAGACUGCUCGAAGAAAACCGGUGUCAUGUUUUUGAGGUUGCAAUACGUUUGUAAUGGUAAUAUUUGACUGCUUAAGGUGGUAAUGUUUGAGUUCCUAGAUCAA